CAUCAUCUUCGUCCCUACCGUCUUCCUUGUUCUCUUGCGUCACACGUCUUCCCUUUGCCUCACGUCGCCACCACCUUCGCCGUCGGCGACGUCGGUUCUGAAUCCGCGAUGUCGACCCAUCCUUUCUCCGAAUCUUCGCCGCUCCAAUCGGCCUUCUAUCGCCGGCGUGACCUCUACUCUCUCGCGUGGUCCCACUCAUCUCAGGACCUCAGUGGCUACUUGGUGGUGAGUGCCGCCAAUGGAGGCUUCAUAGCCGUCACUAGGGAUCCCAGGAAAGUGGUCAUGCUGGGCAAGGCGUCAGCUCUCAAGCCGAGAAUACUCGUGUAUACAGCCGCGGGACAAUUAGUGGAGAGUAUACCGUGGGACAAUUCGAAUCGGAUUGCUGGCAUUGGCUUUACGUCGAGAGAAGAGCUUGCUGUGGUUCUGGACGAGGGCGUGGUGCGCCUUUACACCCUUCUAUCGCCUUGUCCAGCGACCACCACGUCAGCUGCGUCCUCCGUACAGGACUCGAGUGGAGUUCCCACACCAGUCACCUCUACCUGCUACUAUACACAGUAUAUCCUUGGCACCGAAGCGACCGAAACUGGCGUGGUAGAGGGGAAGGUGUGGGAACAAGGCAUCGUCGCGCUCACCGGCGGAGGAAGUUUCGUGGACUUUCGCUUUCCCCAGCGUAAGGAAGACGAUGACGAGGGCAUAUGGGACCAGUAUGUGUCUCUCUCAGCUCCUCAAGUUCUGCCACAAGCUCUACCUGUAGCUCAAGGCUCGUCAACGGGACCUCCACCGCUCCCGACUGCAUGGACAUUUCUGCCGCCGACUGUAUCCGCUUCUGGCGUGCUCGAGGUACUCCUCUCCCCGGCCGUAGCCGCAAGCAGUGGUUUGGCUCCUCUUACCAACAGCGGCGGGGCCGCUUCUUCGGGCGUUUCGGCCAAUGGUGGCUUUGGAAGAUCUACGCCGCAUCCACCGCAAGCUACGCCUUCUCGAGGAACGCUCAUCGCUCUCGACUCCAUCUCUGGACCCACGGACAUGCGACUGACCCGGGGACCCUUCUCUUCCAUCGUGGCCAGUCCGAACGGCAAGCUGCUUGCUUUGCUGACCUCGGACAAGAAGCUUUGGGUCGUCAGCUCCGAUUUCCAGCGAAGCUUGAGUGAAUUCGAUGUCACCGAAUGUGAGGCAUAUCGGGAGGUACAAGAAUCUCACCGGAGUGGGGCUGGUGCCGCUCUCGCAUCGUUGGGUCAGACUGGUAUCAGACAGAUUGAGUGGUGCGGGAACAACACUGUGGCCCUGGCGUUUGAUUCCGAAGUCGUCAUGGUGGGACCCUUUGGCGACUCUCUUCGAUACUUCUACUCGGCAGGAAUCCACUUGGUGCCAGAGGUCGAUGGAGUACGAAUAAUAGGUGCCGAACGGCACGACUUCAUCCAGAAAGUUGCAGACUCUACUUCUGCAGUCUUCCGCCCUGGAUCAUCCGAAGCUUCGGCUAUGCUCUUCGACGCUUCAGAGAGCUUCUCGAGACGGUCUCCGAAGGCCGAUGACGGAAUACGUGCGAUUCGCAGCGAACUUGCUGUCGCGGUGGAUACAUGUCUUGAUGCCGCAUCUCAGGAGUGGGACGUGAUAUGGCAAAAACGGCUUCUCAGAGCAGCAAAUUUCGGCAAGAGUUUCCUGGACCCGAGCAGCUACGAUCCUACUAAUUUCGUAGCUGUAUCACGCCGCCUGCGUGUCCUGAACAAUCUUCGCUCAUACGAAAUUGGCAUCCCGUUGUCCUACGAGCAGUUCGAGAGCAUGGGUGUCACGGCGCUGCUGUCGCGCCUCACGAACCGCAACCACCACCUUCUCUCUCUUCGUGUUGCCUCGCACCUCUCCCAGCGACUAGACCCAAUUCUCAAGCACUGGGCCCGGGCGAAGAUCGCUCAAGCGGGUGUUUCAAGGGGUACCUAUAAUGCUCGUCGCGGCACGGAUGCCGCGAGCAUCGAAGAUGAGGAGCUAUGUGCCACGAUCGUUCGCAAGUUCGAAGACCUAGGGAAAGCAAACGACGCGGCGGUCACUGUCAGCUAUAGUUCCAUCGCCACUUCCGCGUUUCAAGCUGGCAGAGUGAGGCUAGCAACAAAGCUCUUGGACUAUGAGCCGCGAGCGGUCGACCAGGUCCCUCUGUUGCUUAAGAUGGGUGAGGACAAAUUGGCGCUACAGAAGAGCGUUGAGAGCGGUGACACCGACCUAGUCUACCAUGUCCUGCUCCGGCUCAAGACUCAACUGCCAAGAGGGGACUUCUUUCGGCUCAUCGAGCCAUCCACCACUGCUCUCACCUCCACGUCUGGGACAACCAGUCUCAACGAUUUAGCUGUGCGUUUGUUGGAAGUCUACGCGCAUAGCUAUGAUCGAGACCUACUCAAGGACCUCUAUUUCACUGACGAUCGGCGAGCCGAAGCUGCCCUGCUUUCGUGGGAAGGUGGCCAGAUUACACAGGGGAUGGAACAAAGCGAGUCGUCGCUCAGUCAAGCUGUCUUCGCGCGCAAAGAUGCUUCUAAAUUGUUCAACGAGGACAAGGAGCGGUCUCUGGAGUCCAAACUCGUCGAUGAGUCAAUCAGAUUGCUUUCGUUCCAGCAAGUGCUGGAGAAGGAUGACGGCGGCCGUUCUCAAUGGACUGGUCUAUCGUUGAACGAUACCAUUCGCGAGUGCCUCAUCAAAGGUCGUCAUGGCGGUCAAAUGGCCAAAAGGGCAGAAAAGCUGCGAUCGGAUUGGAAGGUGCCCGAGAAAAGAUGGUGGGCUAUCAAGCUAGAUGCUUACAUCAGAAUGCGAGACUGGGAGGGCCUCUGGGCGUUUGCGAACACGAAACGGCCGCCGCCGAUUGGCUAUGAGCCAUUCAUUGCGAAGCUUCUGUCGUCCCGCGCAAACGUAGAGGCCUUGCGUUAUGUUCCCAAGCUCAUGAGCGCAGGUGACAAGGGGGACAAAGCUCGGUUCGGAGCGCUGAUGGCGCGAUUGCCCAUCGAUAUCGCCAGCCCUUUGCAAGCGAAAAUAAAGGAGAAAGCGUAAGGAGAUGCGCACUGAAAGCACUUGCGUCGUUGCCGAGCUCCGAGGAGCCAACGCGCAUGGUGAUAGCCCAGAGUCGUUGACACACAUAUCAUGUAGCUUGUAGUCUCGAGUGAGACAUCGACAGGGACUGUUUGACAAUGACGUAGUGGCGUGGGUAUCUGGUCUGGAACGACGAAGGGAAGGAGAUGUGGUAUUCUGCUUCCCCACAUCUCUCCAUCGCUGGGCAGGACUGUCAAGCUGCUCGGGGGAGGUCCAUGUGAGCUGAGUACCCUCGGAAGUGUUUCAUGCAGC